AACGCCUCGGAUGCAUACCGAGAACAUCAGCACUCAACCGUAAGCACCGAUCAUUGAAUGCCACAUUGGGCAUUUUAGAACUGCUGCUAUGCCCUUCCAGGCGUGUGUUGGUGCAGGAAUAGAUUUGCACUUAUUGAAGCGGGGUGAUUCGCGUGGAAGUACCAGUCUUUACUUGGGUAGGGUGCAUAUCGUUACGCGUCGCAAAAUCCACACACUCCCCUUCAUUGAAAGGACCCAGCUUCUGAGCAUCAAUUUUGUAGCGUCUAGCAUCUUGCACUCUCUACCGAUCUUAUUGCGGGGCAUAUUAUUGUCAUCAUGGCUGUUUUGAGGUGCACCAGACGAUCACCCAAAAGCGUUGUAAAACAAUAUCCUUUCAUGCUCACCCCGAACACAUUUGACAUUUUAGAACCAUCUCAUGUGGUGGAACCCAAGUCAGCUGUCCAAGCAAAAGACGUUUCUCGGUUGCUCUCAUCCUCGACACAUCUCCUUGACUCAGGUGGGACCGGCACUACGUUCCACAACCUGCCGGCAGAGAUACACUUCCACAUAGCGACUUUCUUGCCCGGACAUACUUUGCUAAUCCUCGCAAAAUAUGGCUACAGCGCUAGACUGCGAUGCAUCUACCAAGAUGCGGAUCCGGAUGGAGUACGAACUGACAUGCGGUACAUAUCCGUUCUAGACGAGAGCAUCUACGAUGAACUGCGGACGCGUGAUGCCUUCGAGAAGACGCCUUACCCUCACCAAGGCUUAAGGCCAUGCAAGAGCAUCUGGUCAACGACCAGGUUCCACUGUGCAAACUGCGAGAAGGCAGUGGGUUGUGCGCACUUCCCCUUAGAGGAGCUGAAGAAGAGCGCAGAGACGCGGACGGGAAUGUGCAAGAUCACACAACGGAAAUGCUUCGCCAGAGCCACACCGGUCAAGCUGUGGGAUGACAGAGUGGCGACCUGGGAUCAGAUGCAGGAAGCCUGGAGCGCCAUGGAGGGGCAGAUCGUGUCCCCCCCUCUCCUGAGCGAUUACGGCCGGGACACGGAGAAGCCUACAAAGAGCAAGAAGAAAACCAAGCUCCGCUACACUGACCUGUGUAACACCCUCGAGCUCCGAGAUCUCGACUUCGCCGCAACCCGCUACCCCGGCACCCUCCGCACCUUUGGCGUCGAGGCCGUCGCCCAAUACUAUAUUGACCUGUAUACACUCUUCCGCCUCUCCGAUGCCGACGGCCACACUGUCACAUCGCUCCUCGCACGAAAAGAGCCCUACGUGUGUCCGCAUGUCGACAUCGCACAGCUAAUGGCACGCCCCGUGAUAGAGCAGCCGAUCGAAUUCCGCCCACACAGUCCAAUCUGCGCAGCCAACACCACCGUCGCCGACCUGCUAUGCAAGACGCUGGAGAGCGGCCCGUGGCGAGCGGACCCGUCCAGUAUAUACCCGCGUCGCAGUAAGCCGCUGCGCCGGUUCAAGGAGCAGACCAUCUGGUGCGGGUACAAGGGCGACCGGUGCCGGACGGCGGUUAGCUUGCAGCGGUUCAGGGAUGCGUCGCCGGAGAAUACGGUGGGCGGGUCGUGGGGGUUGAGUGACUUGAUCAGGCUGAAGAUAGUGAGGAGGUGGAGGGUGGAUCAGGGACCCGGGGAGGAUGAGUGGCAGGCGCAGAAUGGAACGUCGAGGCAGCAAUGGGUGAACCUGCAGUGAAGGCAGAUGCGGAGGGGUGAAGAGUCACAGGCU